GUAAUGUUGCUGCUUGGAAAUACAUUUGUAUUUAUUAUUCUCAUUAUUUAGAAUUAUUAUUAUUUAUAUUAUUAUAUUAUUAUACAAUAAUAAUAAUGAUAAUAAUACGCAAUAUAUUGUUAUUUAAAAUUAUUAUUGUUAUUUCACUGUAAUGUAAAGUGUUACCUAAUGCAUUCUUAUCUGGUGGUUGGUUAAUGAUUUAGAAAGGCUAGAGGGCAAGAAGCAAAGCACUAUUUUAUAUUCCUAUGAUGCAAUAAUGAGGUAGCUUAUAUCUUAAUGGACAUGCUUUAUGAUUAGGGUGUAAUGUGAAUAAGGGUCCAGUUGCAUUCAGUUUUGUAGUAGAAAAUGAGUUGGAUGACCAUGACUCGACAAACGUUUAUCUUUCGUUUUCCGAUCUGGUUAAGCAAGAAAAGAAACUGAACUUGCAUCUGUCUAUAAAAGCCGGUGUGAGCUUUCUUCUGUGCGUCACAGUUUUAAGACUAUCACCAUGGUGGCAUCAAACCAAGUCGGUGUGGCAAAAAUGCUGAUGCAGUUUUGUUUGACGAACGUCCACAGCAUCUUGUCAACAUUGUUGAGAUGGAUGUCUGUUUUGAUUGGGGUAUCUGGCGCACUGGUGCAACGAACACCUGUUGGGAAUAUCAGUCGCACCAAAGAGGACCAGAAAGAGAGCUCCAGUGCUCAGUGUACUACUCCGAGCAGUGUAAACUACCAUUUUACCCGGCAGUGCAAUUACAAAUGCGGGUUUUGCUUCCACACUGCAAAGACCUCGUUCGUCUUGCCUAUUGAAGAAGCAAAGCAAGGAUUGCGCCUUCUGAAAAAUGCAGGGAUGGAAAAAGUAAACUUCUCGGGUGGAGAGCCCUUCCUGCAAGACAGGGGCACUUUUGUGGGAGAGUUGGUGAGAUACUGCAAACAAGAAUUGGAGCUGCCAAGCGUCAGUAUAGUCAGUAAUGGCAGUUUGAUAAAGGAAACCUGGUUUCAGAAAUAUGGUGACUAUUUGGACAUUCUGGCAAUUUCUUGUGACAGUUUUAUCGAAGACACCAAUAAAGUAAUAGGUCGAGGUCAGGGCAAGAAAAGUCAUUUGGACAAUCUGCAUAAAGUUCGUAACUGGUGCCGGGAGUAUAAGGUGGCUUUCAAAAUAAACUCAGUUAUCAAUACCUACAAUGUGGAUGAAGAUAUGACAGAGAACAUUACUGCUCUGAACCCAGUGCGCUGGAAGAUCUUUCAGUGCUUGCUAAUUGAUGGUGAAAAUGUAGGGGAGAACAGCCUCCGGGAGGCAGAGAAAUUUGUUGUCAGUGAUCAGCAAUUCCAAGAUUUCCUGGUCCGCCACCAGAGUGUUGCGUGUCUUGUUCCAGAGUCUAAUCAGAAGAUGAGAGACUCCUACCUGAUUCUUGAUGAAUAUAUGCGCUUCCUGGAUUGCCGAAAGGGGAGAAAAGAUCCAUCAAAGUCCAUUCUAGAUGUCGGUGUGGAAGAGGCCAUCAAGUUUAGUGGUUUUGAUGAGAAAAUGUUCCGCAUAAGAGGGGGGAAAUAUGUAUGGAGCAAAGCAGAUAUGAAACUGGAGUGGUGACCCUUCUCAAAUAAUGUUAUUUUUAACAUGGAGAUCUAAAUUAACAUGAAAUGUUAGAAAUAUGACAAUGAGUAAUUGUAAAUAAUUGUAUUGUUUUUGUAGAUAGAUAGAUAGAUUUUUAAUUGUGUAUAUUAUAGCUUGUAUUUAUGGCUAAUACAUGCUGUUCGUAUUCAAUAUUUACAUUACCUUAAGUAUGCUUUUAUCAUUUAUAAGAUAUGUUUUUCUUAACUUGCACUUUCUUGUUGGAAUUUCUUGUUGAAAGUUUCCGAAUUUGACACAACCCAUAGCAAGGGAGUACAUAAGCACUUAAUCAAUGCACUUUGAAAGCAUGAGUGCACUUUCAAAGACUUCAUUAGACUUUAGAUGCUAUUUUAAUUGUUAUUAUUGGGUUGAAUAGGCUUUUGGAAUCCCAGUCUAGUCUUUAACCUACAGUGUUUUAUUUGAAAUAAAAAUCUUGUGUCAACAUUUUGUUCUCUGUAAUAUCUGAGCAGAUAUAACUGUUCAAACAGUUAAAGAGCAGACAUCUUUAAAUGUAUUGUACCUACUUUGCAAUGCCACAUUUUGAAUAGAUGUAGUUAACUGGCCUGUUUACCUAAAUUUCUUUAUAGAUGCCUUCCAAUUCCCUGUCACUGUAAUGUUUAAAACCGGAUAGAAUAGGAUAAGAUAUGCGAUAAGAUGUGCAAGUAUAGUGCAAUAUGGAAAGCAAACAAUGUGUACAAAAGAACAGAUAAUUUACAGCUAGUGCAUGUAAUAAUAAUAUGUACAAUGUUUAGGAUGAAAAAGAGUUGCAUGAAUUAAUGCAAUAUAUGAGAAAAUGAAGGACAAGAUUUUGAUAUACAUGAAUGACAGACUGCUGAGUGAAAUAUAUGUGCUAAUA